AAGUCCUUAUUCUGUGUGGCGGGGUGGUUCUUGGUUGUCUGCGGCCCUUCGCGGUGAAUGCUGGGAAGAGGACGUCGGCGGAGUAGCUGGGGCUGGCUGGGCUCGGCGCUGUGAGGCGGGAGGUCGCUGAAGACCGGGGUCCCGCCGAGUGCCGGACGGCGUUCCUCCACGUCCCACGAGCUUGGUGCAGUACAAAGUAGAAGAAAAAGCAAUUUCUAUUACGUAGAAAUGCUUAAGCUGUUGGGUCCAGGAAUAGGAACAAAUAACUUGGAUUUUGUUGUCAGGCCAUUUCCACUCCAUAUUUAACGUAUCUAUGUGACCUGUCACUUUGAUACAGUAUUUUCUGAUUCUGCGUCAUCAUCUUUCAGAAUACCUUUAAGGGAAACGGUAUUUCUCUGAGGUCUGUAUCCUGCCGUGAUUGCCUUUUCUUGAAGUAUUGUAACAGGAUGUCGACACAGUUGGUGGAAGAAGAUUCAAUACUUAUCAUCCCAAAUCCAGAUGAAGAAGAAAAAAUUCUGAGGGUGAAACUAGAGGAGGAUCCUGAUGGUGAAGAGGGAUCAAGCAUUUCCUGGAACCAUAUCCCUGACCCAGAGGUUUUCCGACAGCGGUUCAGGCAAUUUGGAUACCAGGAUUCACCAGGACCCCGAGAGGCUGUGAGCCAGCUUCGAGAACUUUGCCGCCUGUGGCUCAGACCAGAGACACACACAAAGGAGCAGAUACUGGAGCUGGUAGUGUUGGAGCAGUUUGUUGCCAUCCUACCCAAGGAGCUACAGACCUGGGUUCGAGAACAUCACCCAGAGAAUGGAGAGGAGGCAGUGACCGUUCUAGAGGACUUGGAGAGUGAACUUGAUGACCCUGGACAGCCGGUUUCUCUCCGUCGCCGGAAACAGGAAGUGCUUGUUGAAGAGAUAGCAUCUCAAGAAGACACUCAGGGAUUACCAAGUUCCGAGCUUGAUGCUGUAGAAAACCAGCUCAAGUUGGCAUCCUGGGAACUCCACUCUCUGAGGCACUGUGAUGACGAUGCUAGGACAGAAAAUGGAGCGCUGGCUCCAAAGCAGGAGAUGGCUUCAGCAGUAGAAUCUCAUGAAGUUCCUGGCACUCUUAAUAUAGGUGUUCCUCAGAUUUUUAAAUAUGGAGAAACCUGUUUUCCCAAGGGCAGGUUUGAAAGAAAGAGAAAUCCCUCUCGAAAGAAACAACACAUAUGUGACGAAUGUGGAAAACACUUCAGUCAGGGCUCAGCCCUUAUUCUUCAUCAAAGAAUCCACAGUGGGGAGAAACCGUAUGGCUGUGUGGAGUGUGGGAAAGCCUUCAGCAGGAGCUCCAUCCUUGUGCAACACCAGAGAGUCCACACUGGAGAAAAACCUUACAAAUGUCUUGAAUGUGGGAAAGCCUUUAGCCAGAAUUCGGGGCUCAUUAAUCAUCAGCGAAUCCACACUGGGGAGAAACCUUAUGAAUGUGUUCAGUGUGGGAAAUCCUAUAGUCAAAGCUCAAAUCUUUUUAGACAUCAGAGGAGACACAAUGCAGAAAAACUUUUGAAUGUUGUGAAGGUUUAAGAAAUUAGGAGGAAACAAUCAGCACUCAGGUCUUUUUCUUCAGAAAUGAAGACAAAAUUAAAAACAUGAAGUGAUACAGAAAUGAGUUUUUCCUGUUGACGGAAAAAUCCACCAGGAAAUAAUAACAACAAAAUCUUCAUUUACCAUUAUCAUCUUGAAAGAAAUGGUGUUAUACCUUCCUAGAAACUGAAAUUUUAAAUAAUUCAGGUAUUAAUACCUAAAAAUUUCCAUGUGAUGUUUAUAUUUUCUUUUUUUCUUCCCAAGUAAUGAGCUACCUGAUUCUUUGUCCCUUUUUUAACAAUUUCCUUUUUUCAGACAGAUACUUUAUUUCUAUGUUGGUCAUUGGAGUGUUGUUUUAUAAAGGUACACACCUUUCUGUUUUAAAAGGCAACACAGGAAUUACAUAAUCUGAAAGCCCAUCUUCAAGCACUUAAAAACAUCUUUUGAAAGUUUACUGUUUCCUUUUGUUCAGUUUGAGUAUAUUUGAGAAAAUAGAGGAUGAAGGCUGGCCAAAGCCUCAAAGUCAAAUGAGCCUUAAGAUCUUGGAUGAGUGAUGAUAACAAAACUGCAAAGAGUGAAAGGGAGAAAUUGGGGAAGUUACACAUUGAAGUGUAUCAGUUAAAUACAGUCAUCCUGCAGGAAAACAAAACAAAAAACUGAUUUUACCCAACUUGUGGGUAUCUUACUAAUUAAAACAGUUUUCCUGUGUAAAAAUAGACCAUCGUAAAAGUGAUGGUAAAUCUAACACUAAGGAAGAACUUGUAGUAAAUGCCGGUGUUGAAAGGCAAAUGUAAAGUUAAGGUAAUUAUGGCUUUUAGAAAACACUCAAAAACCUAACUCAUUUUGCCCUCAUCCUAGUUAAGGACAGGAAAUUCCUUGAUUGGGGGCAGCAGUAUCAGGUUUGCUAUUUUUAUUCCUUUGGUAGAAAAGGGUUGAGCACCAGGCUAAAACAGCCAUACAUUUAUUAAACAUUUCUACCGACAAUGCACUGUGCUAGGUACUGUAAUCCUACCAUAAGUAGGUAAUUGUUUCACUGUAAGUCACAAGGGGUUUCCCCAUCAGCAUUCCCAGGUCACCUCUAAGAUUCCCAGAGUUGUACUUCUCUUACUAUUGUGUUCUGUUUGGAGGGAGAGAUGUCAGCUCCGAGAGCUAGCAGCUAGUCAGCUCUUAGCAUUCUUCAGAGGUGAGCUCAAGAUUCACUUUUUUAGUUUGAAAGGUUAUGAAUCUUAAAAGUCCAAACAUAAUUUCUAGUAGCAUUGUGGUUCUAACUACACAUUAAGUUGAAUGAACUCUUCUACUUUAAACAUCUAGACAAUUAAUAACUAGUUUAUUAACUGGCAGAGUUAAUUGAUUUUCUUUUAAAUUUACAGUCUUAACUUUUUUUAAAAAAAGUAUUAAAAUAAUACAUUUUAGUAGUAGGAUUCUGAAUGCCUUGGCUAUGAAUCCAAGUACUGUGGUUCUACUGUUUAAUGGAAAACUCUGGAAGUUAAAGCAUUGAGUAUGAGAAGAGGCGUUUUUAUGUAAGACAGGCAUUGUUACAUGGAAAAUGAUCCAUGCAAGUACAAAUAUUUCAUAGAUCCAGUGAUUUGGGUUAUAUCUGAUGCUUUGUUGAUUUUUAAGGUGAAAAAUGAGCUUUUUUAUUUUUUUUAUUUUUUAUUUUUUUGCGUGAGCCUGUUGAAAAACAGUAAAUGCAAUGCCAGCUGGUAAAGUGAGGCAGAAUGAAGCUUGUUCAUAGAUUUUUCUGACAACAAUUAUAAGAAAUGUGCUUUAUAGAUUAAGAUUUAUUGAAGUCUAAAUAUGUAGUAAUGCUAUAAUGUAUUUUUAAGUUAUACAAGAAAAUGUAGGGACUUUUGUUUGGGUCUUUUCUCUGUGGCUGAGAGGAAACAAGUCAAUGUCCAAUAAAGCUGCAAACUCCUCUGCUCCGAGAUAAA